AUGUUUUCGCCAACUCCAGCGAGCUCAUCCUGGCCUGGACCAUCGAGACGACGCACGGCGAAUGGACGAGGCGUGCUUGUCGGCAGGACGUGCGUGAGAUCUGCACGCGCACGACGACACGACUUGAUACAUACGUACACCACUUCGCUGCUCUCCUCCAUCGCUCGCUAUCGAGAAGAGGGCGGCCGCACCUACCAUUCCUAUGGCUCAACGGAGCACUGGGGGCCCAAUGACGAGCCAGCCCAAGAUCAACAGGAUCUGUCACACCAGCUCUGGAUCUUGGCGUUGAAAGGCAAGUCCUUCCUCGCCCCCAUUGCCAAAGACCCAUCGCAGAUUCUGGAUAUUGGCACUGGAACGGGAAUAUGGGCCAUAGAAGUCGCCGAUCAGCAUCCGCACGCCACUGUCACCGGCACCGAUUUGAGCCCCAUACAACCUACUUGGCUGCCCCCUAACUGCCAUUUCGAGAUCGAUGACUACAAUCUCGAAUGGCUCGAUGAGGCCAAAUUCGACUUCAUACAUGGCCGGGAGCUGUUGGGCACCUCUCCAGACUGGCCUGCCGUCUACCGACAAGCAUUCAAUGCACUGAAGCCUGGAGGAUGGUAUGAGCAGCACGAACCUAGCCUAUUUUUCCGUUCAGACGCAGUCGACCUGAAAGACGACCAUCCUUUUCCGCAGUGGGGUCAAAUGAUGCUUGACGCCGGCAAUAAAGCGAACAUGAGAUUUGACAUUGGCGAUAAGAUCAAAGGCUGGAUGGAGGAGGCCGGGUUUAUCAAUGUGACCGAGCAUCGAAUGCCAUGGUUGAUUGGCGGCUGGUCGAAAGAUGAGCACCAGCAGCAAGUUGGGCAGUGGAAUCAGUUGAGGCUGGAUCUUGGAGUCGCCGACUUCUGCUCAAGACGAUUUACGAAUCAUAUGCGUCUCUCGCCACACGAGAUUCAAGUCUUUUGCGCGCGACUGCGAUCGGCAUUUCGAGAUAAGAAGCUCAAUGCGUACCAGUGGGCGUAUUUCGUAUAUGGUCAAAAACCAGAUUCCAAUCCCUAA